AUGAAUACCCGAGCUUCGAAUGAAAAAUUUGGUUCUAAGAAGGGUGCAACCGGUAAUGUUUGGAAUAAUGUUUGGAAUACAUCAGGAAUUACUGUACUUGAUUCAUCACAAGUAACACAUGUCGCUGAUAUAUACAUAGACUCAAGUAAUACUUUAUAUAUUACGGAUGAGACACCUAGUACUGUUGUAUGGAGAUUAUUGCAGAAUGCUACAAGUGCAACGGUAAUUGCUGGAAUACAAAACUCAUCUGGAUUAAGUAAUACUCAACUAAAUUAUCCGCAAGGUGUCUAUGUUGAUACAGUUGAAACUAUGUAUGUAUCUGAGCACUAUAAUCAUCGCAUACAAAAAUAUAUUAACGGAUCAACAGUUGGAACCACCAUUGCCGGCAUAACGGGAUCACGUGGAUCUUCAUUAAAUCAAUUGAACUAUCCACGAUAUAUUACUCUUGAUCCGACACAAGCAUACAUAUAUAUUGCUGAUGGUGAUAAUAAUCGUAUUAUGCGCUACUCGACAAAUUCGACCUCAGGUGACAACGGAACUCUUGUCGCUGGUGGAAAUGGAGUAGGAAACACUAAUACAUCAUUAAACUACCCAUGGGGUAUUUGGUAUCAGCCAUCUGUAAGUAGUGAUUUAUUUAUCACAAAUCAUAAUGGACAUUCAAUAAUGCGUUGGACACCUAGCGCUUCUUCGGGUACUUUCAUUGCCGGCGUACCAGGUACAGCAGGCUCUGACUCUACUCAUUUAAAUAAUCCGUCGACUAUUAAACUUGACAAUUAUCUAAAUAUGUUCGUUGUUGAUCACAGUAACCAUAGAAUUCAAAUGUUUUGUGCCAACAAUGAAACAGGUAUUACCAUUGCUGGAACUGGUAUUGGUGGUAGUACUGCAACAACCUUAAAUGGGCCAAGAGGUAUUGCAUUUGACUCAGAUAUGAACAUGUACAUAACUGAUUUUGAUACUCAGCAACGUUUAUUUUCAUUUAUAUAUCAUCAUCAUAAUGGUGGUUAUCGUUAUUGGUAUAUUGUUCCUUCAUAUGAAAGAGAAAAGUCACUAAAAAUACUUCAUCAAAAAAGUUCUUCAACUUGUUUUCAACAUAAUCAAUUAUUUAUUAAUCCAUUUAUAUUAGAUAAAUAUUAUAUUCGAUAUCAUAGAAUUAUUCAACAUUCAAACGAAUUUAUUGUCUUAUCAUCUGGACCAAUAUCACAAAGUUUUACUGAAGAUGCAUGUUGGACUGAAUCUAUUCCAUUUGCAUUGCCCAGUUGGAUUGAAGAUGGUCAUUCUAACCAUCAAAAUUAA